AUGUUAACUACGAAACGUUCUAUAAAUAAUCAAACAAAACGUUCUACAAGGUUUGAAACCAGAGAUACAAAAGUACAACAAGGAAAAGGAACCAAAACAUUGAGAUCAAAAGAAGCAGAAGCAAACAAGAAAUCUCCCAACACCAUAGCCAAAUACUCAUCUUAUGGUAACUCCCCAAAAGGUUUGAAAGUUCAUCCAAAACCACCAUCAACUCCUUCGUCUAUAUCCUCUGAAGGAUUUGAUGAUCAAGAUCCUGGAGAAUCAAAAGAAGCAGAUAUCUUGGAUGAGUCCUCAAAUGGGGUACAAACUGAUGAUGAAAGUGAAACGAUUCAUGUUGAAGAAAACACCCAACAUGAAGCAAAAGAAGCAUUUGAUCUAAAGUUUGCACAAAUGGAAACAAGAAUUGAGAAACUUGAAGAGGAGCUAAGAGAAGUUGCAGCUCUUGAAGUUUCUCUCUAUUCUGUAAUACAAGAACACAGUAGCUCAGCCCAUAAGGUGCAUACCCCUGCUCAUCGUCUUUCUAGACUUUAUAUACAUGCAAGCAAGCGGUUGUCUAUUGCUAGAAACAUUGUAUCAGGGCUUAAUAUGAUUUCCAUGUCUUGUGGGAAUGAUGUUUCAAGGUUGACUUUUUGGUGGUCAAACAUUGCUGUAAUGAGAGAAAUGAUUACCCAAGCAUUUGGAAGUAAACAAUCCAAUAAGUCUGAUUUCAGGAAUUUAGUUGAUGAUUGGCAAGAAACAAGAACAUUUACAUCUGAACUUGAGAAAAUCGAGUCAGGGAUAUUUUCACGAAUCAUCGAGUCUAUUUGGUGUCAGACUUUGAAGCCUAAAAUGCUUACAAAUGAAGCAAAUGCAAAGUUACCUGGAGACUUUUCCAUUAAUCUAUGGCAAAAUGCUUUCCAUGAUUCUUUCAAGAGACUUUGUCCUGUUCGUGCAGGGGGGCAUGAAUGUGGUUGCCUCCCAUUUUUGGCAAGAAUGGUAAUGGAACAGUGUGUAUCCAGACUUGAUGUAGCCAUGUUCAAUUCCAUUCUCCAUGAUGAAAUUCCAUCCGAUCAUGCAACAGAUCCUAUUAUCGAUUCCAUAGUUUUGCCUAUUCCAACAGGAGAUCUAAGCUUUAGCUCAGGGGCACAACUCAAAAAAGCUGUUGGCAAUUGGUCAAGAUGGCUAACUGAUAGAUUCUCAGCGGAGACAGAUUCCGAAGAAACUUCUAAUGAAGAUGAUGAUUUUAAGAAGACUAAAACCGGUGAAUUAAAAUGCUUCAAUCUCCUUAAUUCAUUAAGUUGUGUUCUAAUGGUACCAAAGGACAUGCUUACCGAUAGAUCAAUCAGAGACGAGUUGUGUCCUUCAAUAAGUCUUUCGUUGCUAGGGAAAAUACUCAGCAAUUUUACUCCAGAUGAAUUCUGUCCAGAUCCAGUUCCGAACUCUGUAUUGGAGGCAUUAAAUGCUGAGUCGAUCAUUGAUCGUGGAUCAUCGGAAGACGAUUCGAGCAGCGUUACGUAUGCAGCUGCAACGAUCAUGUACAAACCUCCUCCGAUCAAUGUUGCUGAGAGAGUUUGUGAGGCAGGUGGAAAUACUGAAUUGAACAGAAAGGUGUAUACGAGCGAUGAGGAAGUUGAAGAGCUCGAUUCAUCGCCCACUUUUACAAUCGGAAAAUUCCCACCGUUUCCAAUUGGUGAAGAAAACGGAAUUGCGAGAUACCAACUUCUUCGUGAAGUUUGGUCGUCUUGAGGCUUAACUCGAUUU